UUUUUCGAUAUCCGUCAGCAGAGGGUCGCAACGCGGACCAAGGUUGACUAAUUAUGCAGUCUUACAGCGCAGUGAUGGCUUUUUCGCUGGCGUACGGGCGUCACGAAGCUUCUUCAGCAGGGUUCAGUCCCGGCGAGAGUCGCAAUGAGUAACUGGAGUGGCGUGCGGAGUGGCGUUGUCUGGAAGACUAUAAAGCCGCCCAAGUGCUUCCGCCGUUGUCAGUCUUUCUAACAUCUUGCUUUCCACUCACAGUCUUAUCCAUCGAAGAACCAAUUCACACUCAACACAUACCAACAUGACUUCCGGUACUCUUCUCAUCACUGGCGCGAGUGGCUAUUUAGGUGGCCAUCUUGUCGGGACAGCUCUAGAUAAGGGCUACAACGUUCGAGCGACUGCCCGAAGCGAGUCAUCCGCAAAGAAAAUCAUCGAUCAAUUUCCCCAGUACAAGGCGCAGCUUUCGACCGCCAUUGUGCCCGACAUGACCGACGCCAAAUCCUACGAGCACCACUUGGAAGGCGUCGUGGGCAUCCUUCACUCGGCCUCACCAUUCGUCCUGAAGCCCGAAGACAAUGUCAAGGAUUUGCUGGAACCCGCCAUUCACGGAUCCGUCGCCAUUCUCGAGGCUGCCAAACAAUGGGGUCCUUCUGUUCGUCGCGUCGUCAUCACCUCAAGCCAUGCCUCUGUAUGCGACCUGGGAAAGGGGAAGCGCCCGGGCUAUGUUUAUGACGAGAAGGAUUGGAAUCCGGUCACAUUUGAGGAAGCCGCCGUCGCCGAUGGAGUGGUGGCAUACUGCGCAUCCAAGGCUCUGGCUGAAAAGGCCGCAUGGGAUUGGGUCGCCAAGAAUGAGCCCAAGUUUGACUUGGUCACCAUUACUCCUCCUUGGAUAUUCGGCCCCUAUGUGACCGAGCUGACCAACACAAAGGGCCUCAGCGAAUCGCUUCAGCUUCUUUACGGCAUCAUAGGAGCAACCGAGGUCCCUCCGUUUGAUUUCGGCGGGUUCGCUGAUGCGCGCGAAGUGGCAGCGGCCCAUGUUCUUGGCUUCGAGGUUCCAGAAGCCGGCGGACAAAGGUUCUGGGUUGGUCAGAACUUCAACUACCAGAGUGCUGUGGAUGCAGCUAGGGAGCAGAUUCCCGAGCUGAGGUCCAGGAUGCCUGUCGGUCAAACAGGAGUUGUUGAGGAUACCUACACGGUAGAUGGAAGUAAAGCGACCCGAGUGCUGGGCCUGAAGUAUAGGACAUUGGCAGAGACUGUGAAGGACACGUACGAGCAACUCCUUCGUGCCGAGGCAGCUGAGGCGAAGUGAACGUUGGGGUUUUGUUGUCGGGAAUGAAUUUAGCUGCUGAGCCUGUCCGGGUCUACAAUUAAGUAUGAAAAUAUGGGAACUUUUCAGAUCUCAGUCCUUGUGCAAAAAUAAGUUUCUUGAACUAGAACAAAUAUGA